AUGUACCCAACCUACCGCUGCCAUUACUGCAAAGCUGUGUAUACCUCAAAAAGUGAAGCAGAUAUGCAUGUUCAAGAACACCUCACGGAAUUUCACUGUAAUGACUGUGAGGUGAAAUUUGAUACAUUCAGUGUGUGGCAACAGCAUAAGGAAAGUGUUCAUGCAUCCGAAAUAUCAAAGACUAUGUGUGAUAAAUGUGGUCUCUCAUUUGUAUCAAACAGUAAUGCUUUUAAGCGACACAUGCAUCAGCACAAAGGACCUUUCUUGUGUGACAUUUGCAAUGAGCCAUUUUCCUCAAACAGUGCGGUUGGAUCUCACAAAAAAGUUGUGCACCAUUUAACUAAAGUUGUAUUCCCAUGUACAGAGUGUCCCAAAAAAUAUUAUCAGAAAAAUAAAUUUGUUGCACACAAAUUGAGUCAUAGUAAACCAUAUAUCUGUAGCUUUUGUGGGCAAAGGUUUGGUUAUCAGAAAUAUCUUACACAACAUGUCAGAAUCCAUACUGGUGAAAAGCCUUACAAAUGUAGUUCAUGUGAUGUUUCAUUUGCUCAGAAAACAAGUUUGGAUGUUCAUAACAAAUCACAUCAUUCAAGAAAAACAGAUUCGCAAUUUUCAACAGAUGCGUCUGAGACAUUAUCUGUAUUAUCUGAGAAUGUACCUAGUAAUGACACUUAUUUAAUUAGCACUUUGUAAGACAUAUUGUAUUGAACAUUAUGGUGUUAUCCUAAAUAUUUCAGAACCUAUGAACUUACACUUGACUAGUAUUUUUAAGUGUUUUGGUGUAUUAUUGAACAUCAUAUUAAAACAGGCAAUGUGGUUAAGAAGUAUAAAGUGUAUACAAUCAUG